AUGGAGCCCGCCCCAGCAGGAACUUCCUCAGUCCAGCGAGCAGCCGCACUUGCGAGCGUACAUGCUUCAAGACAGUCGACCAGCUCUCUUGGGAACACCAGCAGCAACAGCCAUACCGGCACCACCAGUGGUACCAGCAGCAGAAGGCAUUCACACGGACAAGCAGACUCGAGCAGUGCUGACACUGGCGUCGCUACCUUCUUGAAGGAACUGGAAACCAUCUCGUCUCGUUCGAAACAACAACCGCAACAACUGCAACAGCAACAGGCACCCUCUUUUCAAGCAGGAUCGGCUUCUGCUUCAACCACACCUCCUGCCUCAGGACCAUCACCCGUUUACCAGGAACCAAACCGAUGCUACAUCUGCUUUGGCACAGAGGAGGACAGUGUGGGACGGUGGGUUAAGCCCUGCCAGUGUACUCUUAUCUCACACGAAGAUUGUCUCCUGGACUGGAUCGACAAGAACCGCCAGCAAUUUGCAAAGAAGCAAGUCCGAUGCUCCGUGUGCAACACGGUCUAUAGAUUGGCGGAGCCGAGCUCGCUACUCCUGAAUAUCUACUCAACCUUUGACUCGCUAGUCCACGCAGGCAUUCCUUACUUGACAUUCCUGGGGUUGACGUGCUCUGUUUUGAUCACAAGUACCACUUAUGGAGCUUAUGCAGUCUUGACCAUUUGCGGCACAGAGGAGGGCGAAAAACUAUUGGGAAGCCCAAACCCUUGGAGCUGGCGUGUCUGGACUGGUCUCCCACUCAUCCCGGUGAUCCUCAUCUUUUCCAGAACAAAGUUAAUUGACUCGUUCCUGCCGAUGAUUCCACUUUUAAUUGUCGGUAACGACCAGCUGCAGGUCACCUUCCCACCGAGUCCUGCCCUGACUCUUUCUGUCAUGCCCUGGAUCAGGAUGGCAUACAACAGCCUCUGGACUGAGAUGGUGACACGUCUGGAGACGCGAUGGCGCCAUCAGCAGAUUGCAGGCUCUGGAGUGGCGAGACUCGGGAUGAAUGCCAGCAUAGACAGCUCGGACGCGGAUACGUUGACGACAGUGGCAGCGGCAGCACAAGCGCAAGCAGGGGCAAAUGUAGAAGAGGAGCUUUCUUUCUUUGACAGGAGGGAUCUGGGAAGGACCAUAGUAGGCGCACUUCUUAUGCCGGCCAUCUCUUCGAUCUGCGGAAGCUUCCUGGGCCAUUUUUCAUUUGUGCGGACGCGUAUUCCAGACAACUUCCAUCGUAACAUCCUAGGUGGAUGUCUGUUUGUGGUGAUCAAGGAUCUGGCUAGCUUGGUGGGCACAUAUCAGGAGAUGAAGCGCAGAAGAGUGCGUCGCAUUCGCGAAUACUCUGAGUUUAAGGAUGAGCGGCAGUAG